AUGGAGGGAGGAGCCAAGGAGGAAACGGGAGGAGCCAGGGUGGAUCAGACAGAGGAAGGAUCCAGGGAGAUGACAGGAGGAAAUUGGAGCAUGCGGCGCCAGAUCUACCAUGUCCCAGAGCGUUUCCAGAAGCUUUUGCAGCGCUACUAUGACAACUUCAACAUGCGCUUCACCUGUGGAGAUUUUACCACCGAAUGGCAGAGGCUAGAGGUGGGCAUUGUCACUAGCUGCAUGAUUUCAGUGAUCUUGUUUUCAGCAGCGAUGAACCUUCUCGUAAAGUCAGCAGAGAAGUUGCAGCGGGGUGCAGUGUUGACUAGUGGCAUCCAGCAGGUACCCAUAAGAGCAUUUAUGGAUGACCUCACCAUCAUGGCAAAAUCAGUACCUGAAGGCAGAUGGAUUUUGGAGGUUCUGGUGGAACUCACCGAUUGGGCAAGGAUAGAGUUUAAACCUAAAAAGUCCAGAAGCCUGGUAUUGGGGAAGGGGCACAUUCAGGACCGGUUCCGCUUCAGGUAUAGGACAGACCUCAACGAUAAGCAGAGUGUGAGGGAGAUGAUUAUCCAAGCAGAAACCUGGAUGACAUCCUUAGAGAAGAGUGGCCUACCCGGCAAAUAUAAGGCCUGGGGGUACCAACAUGGGGUACUUCCUAGACUGCUCUGGCCUCUGCUUGUUUAUGAGGUACCUGUCUCGACUGUAGAGAGACUGGAGAGAAAGAUGAACACCUAUUUAAGGAGGUGGCUGGGUGUCCCAAGAAGUUUUUGCUCCAUUGGCCUGUACAGCACAGGCAGCAAGCUGCAGCUGCCGGUGACAUCAGUGCUCGAGGAGUAUAAGGCAGCAAAGACACGCCAGGCCAUGAUGCUGCGAGACAGCAAGGAUGAAAGAGUACGCCAGGCAGGCAUUGUGGUCAGGACAGGCCGUAAAUGGUCAGCCAGCAGAGCAUUGACGGAGGCUGAGGAUCGGCUGCAGCAUGCGGACAUUGUUGGGACAGUAGCCCAGGGCAGGCUUGGACUGGGUUGUUUCACCAGAACGAGUUGGAACAAAGCUGACCCAAAGGAACGCCGCAGCAUGGUACAGAGGGAGGUCCGCAAGGCAGAGGAGGAAAUUCGACAUGUUAAGGCUGUAGCCAUGAAAAAACAGGGCAGCUGGACAAGGUGGGAGGGCGUACGAGAAAGGGCCCUGACGUGGCAGGACAUUUGGAUCAUGGAAGGACGCCGGAUAAAGUUCUUGAUGUGUUCUGUCUACGAUGUGCUGCCUACUCCAUCAAACCUCCAUAUUUGGGGGAUGGCAGAGAGUCCCAGCUGCACAUUGUGUGGAAAGCAAGCCAACCUUGAGCAUGUCCUCUCAGCAUGUCAGUCAAGUCUGGCAGAUGGGAAAUGCCGGUGGCGUCAUGAUAAGAUCCUGUCUCAGUUGGCAGAUGGUGUGGAACAGGCAAGGAAGAAGAAGGUUAAACUUUCCAGCGGGCACCACUUUAUUCAGUUUGUCAGGACAGGAGAGAGCACUGCAGCAGGACGGAGGAGUAGAGGGGUCUUGGCCUCAGCAAAUGACUGGGAGAUGCGGACAGAUCUGAAGAAGCGGCUAAAAUUCCCAGAGGAGAUAGCACACACCAGCCUCAGACCGGAUAUUGUCCUCUGGUCUAGAGGCACUAAGCAGGUGGUGCUUAUAGAGUUAACAGUACCCUGGGAAGAAAGGAUGGAGGAGGCUCAUGAGCGUAAGCGCAAGAAAUAUCAAGACCUUAUCCUUGAAAGCCAGCAAAAUGGAUGGAAGGCCUGGAAUUUACCAGUAGAGGUUGGCUGCAGAGGUUUUGCUGGGCAGUCACUCUGGAGAACCCUUGGGCUGCUGGUUAUUGAAGGGAUGGCCAGGAAACAGCUGAUAGGCAAGGUUACCGAACAGGCUGAAACAGCAUCUCAGUGGAUCUGGAUACAGCGGGAGGUGAGGUGGCAGAGCCAACCUAUUGAAGGGCGAACAACGACAUAG